GAAGACUAUUAACUAAGGAUGUCGAAGGUGGUAAGUCGCGGGUCUACGAGACUUCGCGAAAAUGAGCGUCAACGGAUCAUCGACGACUCGACGCGCAGGAGGCGUUUGCGCAAAUUCUUGGAGAACUUGGAGGCCGACAACUUCCAUGAAGAUCCGCACGCGGAUCUGGUUAUGAGCAAGAAGGUGCCCAAAUUCGAUGAUAAUUUGGAAUCGCGGACUAGGAGUAAGAAGCGUGAAAGAAACUCUGAAUAUUAUCAAAUUAAGUAUAGGAAGAGUUUCCAACAAAUGAUUGAGGAUGACAGGAAGGAAGCAGAUGAUAACAACAGGAUGUCUUACAUGGACUUGUCAGCACCGCAAAGUGACUUUCCUCCUUACUAUACCUGUGCUGUUUGUGGAUACCAUAGUAACUAUAUAUGCAUUUCAUGUGGGGUUCGAGUGUGCCAAACCAGAUGUUUUGAUACCCAUUUUGAGACAAGAUGUUUAAAGUGGACUACUUGAGUUUUUGUGCUUAUUUCUCUGCAUGUACAUUGUUUAAAACUAUUAACUUUUACGACUUACCAGUCACGAAGUUCAAAUUGGUUUGAAUACUUUUAAGGUUAAAUGUUCACCACCAUCCUUACAAAUGUGUAUUUAUUAUUCAUUUUUCAGUUAGUUAGGCAAUUUUACAUACGUUUAAGUAAAAUAGUAAUUAAUUUACCACGACUUAUGUUGCAUGCAAUCUAACAUGAAGCAUAAUAGUGAAAUAAAAUAUAAUUUUAGAAUGA